CGCCCGCCGGACACCCCUGGGACACCCCCCGAGCCCCGCCGCGUCCGACAUGAGGGAGAAGGGCCGCAGGAAGAAGGGCAGGACCUGGGCAGAGGCCGCCCGGACGGUCCUGGAGAAGUAUCCCAACACCCCCAUGAGCCAUAAGGAGAUCCUUCAGGUUAUCCAGAAGGAGGGACUGAAGGAAAUCAGAAGUGGGACCUCCCCCCUGGCCUGCCUGAAUGCCAUGCUGCACACCAACUCCCGGGGAGAGGAGGGGAUCUUCUACAAGGUGCCGGGCCGGAUGGGCGUCUACACCCUCAAGAAGGACAUCCCAGAUGGGCUGAAGGAGCUGUCAGAGGGCUCUGAGGAGAGCAGUGAUGGCCACUCAGACUCGCAGAGCUCGGAGCACAGCAGCUCCAGCAGCGACGGCUGCGCCACCAAGGAGGGCAAGAAGAGCAGGUGGAAAAGGAAAGUGUCGUCCCGCCUGGCCCCCACGGCCUCCCCGCAGUCCGGCUGUCCCUCCCCCUCCAUCCCGGGCAAGGGCCUCUCCUCCUCCCAGAAACACAGCAAGAAAGCUCUGAAACAGGCCCUGAAGCAGCAGCAGCAGAAGCAGCAGCAGCAGCAGCAGUGCCGGGCAGGGAUGGCCCCAGGGAUGGCUCUGCCCUCCAGCCAGCACGUCCUGCUCAAGGCCAAGGCCAGCACAGCCAGCAAGCCAGGCUGGGAAGGGAAGCAGGCAGAUGGACAUUCCAGCAGCCCCCCAAACUCCACAUCCAGCUCCUCCCCCUCGGUGAAGCUUGAGAACUCCCUGCCAGGGCUGGGCAAGAAGCCCUUCCCCAGAUCUGACAGGCUCCAUGCACGGCAGCUGAAGAGAGCUCGCUGUGCCGACAUCGACGUGGAGACGCCCGACUCCAUCCUGGUGAACACCAACCUGAGGGCCCUGAUCAACAAACACACCUUCAGUGUGCUGCCCCCUGAGUGCCAGCAGCGCCUGCUGCUGCUGCUGCCCGACGUGGACAGGCAGGUCGGGGCUGACGGGCUGAUGAAGCUCAGCAGCUCUGCUCUCAACAACGAGUUCUUCACAUCGGCUGCACAGGGCUGGAAGGAGAGGCUGUCAGAAGGAGAGUUCACCCCAGAAAUGCAGCUCCGGAUCCGGCAGGAGCUGGAGAAGGAGAAGAAGGUGGAGCUGUGGAAGGAGCACUUCUUUGAGAGCUACUAUGGGCAGAGCUCCGGGCUGAGCCCCGAGGAGUCGCAGCGCCUGACGGCCCCGCCCGAGGCAGAGCCCGCCCGGCCCCGCAGCCCCCCGGCCCCAGCCCGGGAGCAGGGCACGGCCCCAGCGGAGCCCAGCAGGGCUCAGGCAGCCCCGGGGCCAGCAGGCAGCAGGAGAGCAGCAGAGGAGGCCAGAGAGGAGCCGCAGCCCAAGGCAGCCAAGGCCACCGAGGCGUCCCCGGAGCAGCGCGCGGCGAGAGCCGGCGACAGAGAGAGACCCCAGGGAGAAAGCCUGCCCCAAAAACCCCUCGGUGCCAGCAGCCAGAAGCCAGAGGAGCAGAGGAAGGCUGGGCCAGGCAAGGAGACUCUGGGUGCCCCCAGCAAACCAAAGAGCCCCGAGGCAGCCGAAGGAGCAGCCAAGGCACCGAGCCCCGCGGCAGCUCCGGACACGGCGGAGAAGAAACCCCCCGGCAGCGAGGCCAUGGAGGUGGGUGUGGAGCCCCUCAAGAGGAAGGUGGAGAGCAGGGAGGAAGCUCCAGGCACCCCUGAGAAGAAGCCCCGUGUGGCAGAGCCCUGCCAGCAGCAGCAGCAGCAGCAGCAGCAGCACCAGCAGCAGCACCAGCAGCAGCAGGCCUUUCGGAACCAGCCCUUUCCUGGCACGGGGCCGGCGGUGCCGCGGGUGCCCCCGCUCAAGAUUCCCGUGUCCAGAAUCUCGCCGAUGCCAUUUCCUGCGGGCCAGGUCUCUCCCAGGGCACGCUUCCCCGUGUCCCUCAGCAGUCCUGGCAGGACAGGGGCCAGGACCUUGGCAGACAUCAAGGCCAGAGCGCAGCAGGCCAAGGCUCAGAGGGCAGCGGCCGCCGCCGCCGCCGCCUCGGCCGGGGGAGCGGUGCCAGGGCCCGGCCCGGGCGGGGGGAGACCCCCGGGCAGGGGGGGAGACCCUGCAGGGGCCCCCCACACCCCAGCUGGGGCCAGCACACUGGAACUGGCAGCAACUGGAAGCGGGGGAGGUUCGAGAAGGUUCCUUCCCCACGGCCCAGGGCCCCGUUCCCAAGGGGAGCCGGGAGCUGCUCGGCAUCCUGCUGGAGCACAGCUACAGCCAGGGGUCUCUGGGGCUGCCCCAGCACUAGGGAAUGGCACGGGGGCUGUGCCAGGGAAUGGCACUGGGGCUGCCCCAGCACUAGGGAAUGGCACGGGGGCUGUGCCAGGGAAUGGCACUGGAGCCACUCCAGGGAAUGGCACUGGGGCUGUGCCAGGGAAUGGCACUGGAGUCACUCCAGGGAAUGGCACUGGAGCUGUCCCAGGGAAUGGCACAGGGGCCACUCCAGGGAAUGGCACUGGAGUCACUCCAGGGAAUGGCACAGGGGCCACACCAAGCCCCCCACAGGCCAUGGCCACCCCAGGGUCCCCAGGUGCCAGCAGUGGGGACAGGGCAGGGACAGCCCCGGGGGCUCCUGUAGCCAGGAACGGGCCUGGCUGUGGCACGGUGACCCCAGGAACACCCACAGCCUCAGCAGGGACCAGCUGUGACCUUCCCAAGAGCAAAUGUCCUUCCCCUGUGGGCUCCUCCGUGCCCCCCUCGGGCCCUGGAGCCCAGGCUGGCGCUGCGGGUGUGCCCGUGCCAGCCUCCAGCAGCUCCUCAGCAGCGCCCAGCCUUAAACCUCCCCCCGGCGGGGCCGUGCCCAGAGCGAGCUCCAGCAUUCCUGCCAACAACCCUUUGGUCACCCAGCUGCUCCAAGGCAAGAGCGUCCCCCUGGAGCAGAUCCUGCCCAAGGCGCUCACCAAAGCCGAAUGCAGAACUGCUCAGGAGGAGAAGGGCGCGGCGGGGAACGGCGCCGAGGCGGGGGACAGAGCAGCCACCGUGCCCCCCCAGCAGCCCAGGAAGAGCCUGUGCCAGAGCAGGCCCGUGCCUCACAUUCCAAGGACCUUGCUGCCCUCGGGGAAGGAGCCCGGUGCUGAGCAGCAGCAGCAGUGCCACGAGGCGCUGAGCAAAUCCACCCAGGAGCAGAUCCUGCAGACUCUCAUCAAGAGGGUGCAGAGGCAGAGCGUGCUGCCCGCCCUUCAGCCCUCGCAGCUGAACCUCCCGCACUCAGGUUUGCCGGUGGAGAGCGGCUCCACCAGCCAGAGAUUCAUGCUGGGCUUCACGGGCAGGAGGACAUCCAAGCCUGCCAUGUCCGGGCACUACCUGCUCAACAUCUCCACCUACGGCCGCGGCUCGGAGAGUGUGAGGAGAGGCUCCUCCGGGCAGCCCGAGCCGCGCCUGGGGCUGAGCAGCCCCGCCGAGGGAGCCAGGGCAGAGCUGGGGCAGGGCCAGGACAAGGGCAGCGAGGACACGGAUGAGGAGAGCUCCAAGGAUGGCCCCGAGCACGGCAGCAGCACGGAGGAGCCACGGGCAGGGCAGGGGGACAAGGAGCAGAGCUCCCACGGCUCGGGCCCUGCAGAGCCCGGCUCCCUGGGCACCACCAGGGCUGGCAAGGCCGAGGCAGCCCCCAAGGAGCCGGCGCUGGACGGCUCGGCGCUGGCCCGGGACCUGCUGCAGGCGGCGCAGGAGCAGAUGGCCCACGCCAUGAGGGGCAAGGGUGGCACGGAGCUGCUGGGGCCCGCCAGCCCGGCCCUGGACUCGGCACAGCCCCCGCCGCUGCACCCCCCGAAGCUGCUGGGGCCCAGCUACAGCGGCACCAUCAACGUCUCCACCUCGGCCGACGUGGGCCAGGGCUCGCUGGUGAGCGAGUGCGGCCAGCUGGGGAGCAGCUCCAUGGGCAACGUCAUGUCCUUCUCGGUGACCGUCACCACCAUCCCCGCCGGGCAGGCCGUGAGCGCCGGCGGCCACGGGCAGGGCCUGGCGGUGCCGGCGUUCGGCGAGGACGGCGCCGUGGAGGACGCCCCGGCCAAGUGUUACUGCAGGUUGAAAGCCAUGAUCAUGUGCAAGGGCUGCGGUGCCUUCUGCCACGACGACUGCAUCGGGCCCUCCAAGCUCUGCGUCUCCUGCCUCGUGGUGCGGUAACGGGGCUCCCCCGGGGGCUGCUCUGGCAGGUUCCUUGGGAAGAACCAGGAAUUUCACUGCCUUGCACAAGAGACGCGUUACGAAUCAGGAAUCCGGAGUUGCAGUCCUUCUUUCAUUAACGAAAGAGCACCUUCUUGUACAGGGAGUCGAAAUCGCGCUCGACGACGUGAAUUGUGACAAGAGUUUGCACUUAAGGAAUUAUGUAAAUAUGCCACAUUAUUUUGUUUAAAGAUAUUUUUUCAAUCUUUUAGGAGAUAGCGUUUGACUUGUCCUGCAGUUCCAGCGAGCCCAGCCUGCUCUGAGCACGUUUGCUGAGCUCUGCUGUCCCCAGGAAAGGGAACGGGAUCAUCCAGCUCCAGCCGUGUGUGCUGGUGGAGCAGCGAGCCAGGAGCUCCCAGUUUCAGUCUCUGGGAGCUGGGAGCAGCUCCAGGCCAUGCCAGCCUUCCCCUGCACUGCCUGUCCAGAGGGCUCCUGGGCUGGCUGGAAUUCCUGGGGUGCAGAUCCCCUGUCCUGGUGUCCCAGCUGGAGGGAGGUGUUGGCAGUGACCCACAGGAGCAGGGCUCACACAGCUCUGCUUGGCCAGGCAGGAAUCUGCUCCCCUGGCAUUCCCCACAGCUGGAGCUGCCAUCCCACAGGGAUCUGCUCCCCUGGCAUUCCCCACAGCUGGAGCUGCCAUCCCACAG